AUGGCCGACUCAACUAUCACUCAGCCCACCCUAAACCCUGUUGCGGUCGCUGACUUCCACGACACGCUCAAUAAGUCAAAGCGCAUCGUUGCUGUCAUCGGCGCGGGUCUUUCCGUAUCCUCGGGCCUGGCCACCUUCCGAGGAGCCAAUGGUCUGUGGAGGAACCAGGACAUAACGCAAGUCGCUUCGCCCGCAGGCUUCCGUCACGACCCGGGCCUCGUCUGGCAAUUCUAUACAUAUCGCAGGCACGACGCUCUACGUGCCAAGCCAAACCCUGCUCACUAUGCUCUGGCUGAGCUUGCGCGCAGAGUACCUGGUUUCGUCGCGUUGACGCAAAAUGUCGAUAACUUGAGCCCUCGGGCUGGUCAUCCGCCCAGUCAGCUGAAGGAGCUCCAUGGCAACCUUUUUGCGCUGUCUUGCGUCGACGUGAUUGGAUGCGGGUACAGCGAGCGCGACAACUUUGAGGAAUCUCUUUCGCUGGCACUCGAUCCUUCAAAGGACGAGGAGAGAACCAUCGGCAGCAUCGAUCCGGACAACAAGCCUCGCGCCAGCCCAGUGCUGUUAGCCGGCAUCGCGCGAAAACAUGCGCAGAUCCUCGGAGACAAGUAUGAGGGCAACACUCCGACCACGCGGGAUUUGACUGCUCUGAAAGCCCCGGACCAACCGGCACCCUCGAAUCCCAUUGCCGGUGUCCGGUUGUCAUCGGGAUUAGAAAGCAAGGAUCUGCCGCAAUGCCCUAAGUGCAAGAACAGCAUCCUCCGCCCCGCCGUCGUCUGGUUCGGCGAGCCACUGCCCGUUGAGGUUGUUGAGGAAGCACAAGCGCUUUUCGACGAUCCCGAGCCUAUUGACUUGUUUCUAACAAUUGGAACCACUAGCAAGGUCUGGCCGGCGGCUGGGUAUGCUGAGAUGGCUCGCAAGAAGGGCGCAAGAGUUGCUGUUAUCAACACUCGAGCUGAAGACGCCAGACAUAUCCGACCGGAUAAGGACUGGGUGUUUGUAGGAGAUGCAGCAGUUGUCCUCCCCCAAUUACUGAAACCGGUGAUUGGUGAAUCAUACGAGCAAGUCGAGAAGAACAUAAAGGAGUAA